AUGGCCGCCAUCAUCGACGCCGACGACGUGAUGGAGCCCACCCUCCAGUCCAUCCUCGACCAAAAGUCGCUGCGCUGGAUUUUUGUCGGAGGAAAGGGUGGUGUAGGAAAGACAACCACGUCGUGCUCCCUCGCCAUUCAGCUCGCCAAGGCCCGCAAGUCGGUCCUCCUCAUCUCCACCGACCCGGCGCACAACCUGUCCGACGCCUUCAACCAGAAGUUCGGCAAGGAAGCCCGUCUCAUUGAGGGCUUCACCAAUCUGAGCGCCAUGGAGAUCGACCCCAACGGUAGUAUGCAGGACCUGCUUGCGGGCCAGAACGAGGAGGUGGAUGCCAUGAGCGGUGGCCUCGGUGGCAUGAUGCAGGAUCUGGCAUUUGCUAUCCCCGGUAUCGACGAAGCCAUGUCCUUCGCCGAAGUUCUCAAGCAAGUAAAGUCAAUGUCCUACGAAACAAUCAUCUUCGACACCGCUCCGACAGGUCACACCCUCCGCUUCCUCUCCUUCCCCAGCGUCCUCGAAAAGGCACUCGCAAAGGUCUCCCAGCUCAGCUCCCAGUACGGGCCCCUCCUCAACGGCUUCCUCGGCCAGGGCGGCCAGCUGCCCAACGGCCAGAAUCUCAAUGAGAUGAUGGAGAAGCUCGAGACGCUGCGCGAGACAAUUUCCGAGGUCAACACCCAGUUCAAGGACGAGAACCUGACGACUUUCGUCUGCGUCUGCAUCCCCGAGUUCCUGUCGCUCUACGAGACGGAGCGCAUGAUUCAGGAGCUCGCAAACUACGGCAUCGACACCCACAGCAUCGUCGUCAACCAGCUCCUGUUCCCCAAGAAGGGCAGUAACUGCGACCAGUGCACAGCCCGUCGCAGGAUGCAGAAGAAGUAUCUCAACGAGAUUGAGGAGCUGUAUGACGAGUUUAAUGUCGUCAAGAUGCCGUUGCUGGUAGAGGAGGUCCGCGGCAAGGAGAAGCUGGAAAAGUUCAGCGAGAUGCUGACCACGCCUUACUCACCACCCGAAAUGGAUGCUUAA